UUGCCUAUGCGGUGUGCGUGAGACACGGUCACGUAUAAUGCGUGGGAACGACGCGGCGAAGUCGUACGUGAAGUGAACCGUGGGUAAGAGUGCGCACAAGUGGACAAAGUAGACCAGAAAGGAAAGAAGAACGUUGGACGUAAACGAGGGUACCUUUUCCUUCUUUUUCGGUAUCGCCCGACAUCGAUUGCCGUGUCCGCUAUGGUCGUAUCGUUGCCACCCACUAUACCUCAAGAAUCAUUACGCGGUUCGGGAAACGUCUUAUGCGAAAAGUCGCUAGUCCUCGGUACGAAUCUCGAAUUUACGCGUCAACUGUUUGCACGGAAGGAGUCUGAUCUGUUAUCGUAAUCGCUAGCGUAGAGGGUGAAUAAAGAAAAAGAAAAAUUGUGAAAAAGAGCUCGAGCAAAUAAGCUGUUGGAUUAACAGGAACUUCCUGGGUUUUGCGUCGAAUUCGAAAAAUGAUGGAAAAGUAACGACCCUCCUCCCUCCCCCUUUUAUAACGGCACGGCUCGUCUUGUUCGCUUGAAAAAUAUGCUAUGAGAGAGCGAAGCAGAAGAGGGGGAAAAAUUGAAUGACAUUUAGAGCACAAGCAUAAGUGUGUCGUCGUUGCUUGAUAUGUGGACAAGCUGGUUUGGCACAGAUUAUAUUCACAAAGUGAGUAUGUCCAGGAGGAAACUCGGUGGCGACAGACAAUUCGACAACGUGGAUUACACACAGCUUACUGAAACUGACAAUGGCUUUGUCGAUUCUCAGUUUGCGAAUCCACCGGUAAAAAUACCAUGGAAAGCCAUUACAUUGGCAGCUCUUCUGUUUGUCGGAGGUACCAUUAUGCUAAUUGUGGGUAGCCUAAUCGUGAGUGGACACAUAGAUUCAAAAUACUCUGACCGUAUGUGGCCAGUCAUUAUUUUAGGAAUUUUAAUGUUCAUACCAGGAGCUUAUCAUAUGAGGGUUGCUAUUUUAGCAUACCAAAAAGUGCCAGGGUAUUCGUUUGAUGAUAUACCAGAGUUCGAUUAACCGUGCAUGUCUUUUUUACAAAAAAUAGCUAGAAAUUCUAUCUUUUUACUAGUAUUGUAACUUAUACCACAUUGUUUCAUGCAGACUGUGAGUAUUAUUAACACCAAAUAGUCUGUCUCUGUGUUUCUGUGGUCGGCAUACAAAUUUCUCAAAAAUUCAUAGAAUGACAAUCUUUGAAAUAUGUUCAGUUUUCAUAAAUUACUUACCUCGAAGGAGUUUUGUAUAUUGUUUCUAUACAUAAUAUUUCAUAAGAAGUUAUUUUACAUUGAAAGUACGAGUACCUAGAGUUUUAUUAAAAAAUUCAUUUUGCGUGAAAUGAAUUCUUCGUUUGAUACUGAAUUCAUAAGAGUAGAAUGCAAUUGCACAUCCAUGUGAAGCAUUAUGCAAAGUAUCUAGAUCUGUUUUUUGAAUAUGAUUCCAAUGAACAAUACUGCAUUCUUAGAAAUAAUACGGCAUACAAAUUGUUUUUUAUACAUUUUAUUUAAAGUAUAUGAAAUUUAAUAAACUAUUUUACAGUAUAUAAAUGUAUAAAAAUAA